GCGCUCUCGUCGCCGCCGCCGUCUCCGUCUCCGGCUCCGGCUCCGGCUCCGGCUCCGACUUGGACUCCGCGCGAAGCAGCGCGAAGCGCCUAUCGGACGAUCUUGCAUCGCGACGUCGGUGACGCUGUCGCUUCGCGUCUCGCCUUCGCUUACGCGCCGUCUCACCCGUCUAUUUUUUUUUUUCUUUUUCUCUCUGUAUCUCUUCUGGUCGCUGACAUCGCGACAGGUGAGUUCCCGCCCGGAGGGACUCUCUCUCUCGCCGGCGAUCGCGCGAGAGAAAAUAGUGUCGCCGACGAUUUCUCGAACGAAAACCGGACGAAGAGGUAACGUUCUCCUCCUUUACGGCGCAUCUCGCGCGAGUAGUGCAAUCCCCGAGUGCUGCUACAUCACCGCGUGCGCGCGCGCGCGCCUUUGUCUCGCCGCCGCGCGAGAUUCAGAUCAGCCCAACGAGAAUAUUCCGCGCUGGACAUCCGCGUGGGGAAUAUUUGUAUCUCCUCGCGCGGGGAUGCCGCGAACUCUCGCGAGUUCCGCGAUGAGGCUCCGAUGAGAGGAAACGCCCGUUUUUCACGCCCGUUCUCGCCGCGACUCGCGCGAUCUCCUUUUCGCGCUCGGAAUUAGCUGAUGUUUUAUAUAUGAGAGAUAAAUAGCACUUGAUCCGCAGGUGAGACAACUCUAUCGUUGCAAAAGUUGCUUAUCUUACCCGCGCGAUAUAUGCGUUUUUGUUCAUUUUCGCGGAAGGGACGUGGCCUCGUCAGCCUGGAGAAUUACGACGCGAGGAAAAAAGUAAACUAAAGGCCGGACAAAUGUACAAAGUUACGUCAAUAUGAAUAAUAAAUGUAAAGUAAUGUUACGAUUGUGAAUAAUUCAUUAAUUACGAUUGUGCUCUUGGAAAAUUUAUUCAACAAAUUAUCGCGACACAGUGAAAAACUCCAGAAAGAGAAACGUUUAUGAUACUGGAAAAGAAAAAAACUACGAUUCUUGAAAAGUGUAGAGCGAUACGUUAUCGGCAUAUUAGCUAUGGGUUACGUCACAUCGGGCUUCUUUUAAAGAUGGGCGCUCGGAAAUAUUGAGUUACAAAACAUCGCGUGACGGCCAGCGACAGAAAGAUAAUAUUUACUCUCUCGUCACUUUCGAUUGUCGACUAAAAUACUAAGGCAAGUGCGAAGCGCCGCGCCGGAACCAGUAUAGAAGACCUCGGCGGCUUUUCCUAAUCUUGGAUAAGGGGGAGGCCUACUUCUCGCCCAGAUGCUUCGUUCCGCCGGCUUUAUUUUUGUACACACACACACACACACACGCCCGCCUUUUCGCGCGUAAAUUGGCUGCGAAGAGAAUCCCGUCGUUGUCGUGCAAAUAGAUUGAGCGUGACUCCGUUGUUAUAAUCGCUGAAAUAGAGCUUGUCCCGUCGAUCGUCGAACUCAAAAUUUCACGGCGAUACUGUUGCGCCACUUCCUCGCGAAUGCCUUAGAUCGGAGUGAGAACUAUAGCUUGAAAGUCGACUUCGUCUAUAAUACGAGCCUCGUCUCCCUCGAUUUUUUUGGGAGAGAAAACUUUUCCGCGAGAUCUUGCGCGCCGAUGCAACUCUUACAACGGGGAAAUCGGUUUUUGACACUUUAGACUUGAACAAACAAAAAAAAAGAAAAGAAUUCCCGACACGUUUCUCGAGUUAUUUCGCGGAAUAUUCUCAGGCAUGCAUUCGCGGAUGCACUCUCAGGUGCCGGUGGGAAGAAAGCGGAUAUUCCCGUAUAGUACGGUAGUACGUGAAGUGGAUCGGCUGUUUGACGGCUGUGUGAUUGAGAUCCUCUUCGUCCCGUGAGAGGGGAGGCUCGCGAAUGCGAGAAUCAUGUUGCGCCACGACGACGCCGCGAGACCGUUUUUCCUGCGGCUACCUGCCGCCCUGUGCCGAUAGUGAAUUUUCUUCCUGGGCCGAUCAUCGUUCUGGAAAUCGCACACUGGUAUGCAGAGUAAGAUGCAAACGUUCAGCGGGCUUGCCUUCGGGAACGUGUUCAAGAAAAAGGCAAACAAGGUGACCGGAGGACCUCCUGUGGGCAAUGCACCGCCUCCUCCUACACUUAUCAACAAAAUCAAGUAUCAACCCGGUGGACCCGUAAUCAAAAAGGAUAAACGGCAAAGCAGCUCCAGGUUCAACAUAUCGAAAAAUCGGGAACUGCAAAAAUUGCCACUGUUGUCCGAAACACAACAGGGAAACGAACGGGAGGAACUUUUUAUACAGAAGCUACGGCAAUGCUGUGUCCUCUUCGACUUCGAAUCCGACCCGUUGUCAGAUUUGAAAUGGAAGGAGGUAAAGCGCACUGCCCUCCACGAGAUGGUCGAGUAUGUAACCAAAAACAAAAACGUUAUUACCGAAGCGAUAUAUCCCGAGGCGGUGAACAUGUUCGCCGUGAAUUUAUUCCGGACGCUACCCCCGUCAUCAAAUCCUAAUGGCGCGGAGUUUGAUCCGGAAGAGGAUGAGCCGACGUUGGAGGCAGCUUGGCCGCAUUUGCAGCUCGUCUACGAAUUCUUUUUGCGACUGCUGGAGUCGCAGGACUUCCAGCCGUCCAUAGCGAGACGUUACAUAGAUCAAAAGUUCGUGCUGCAGCUCUUGGAGUUAUUUGACUCCGAGGACCCAAGAGAGAGGGAUUUCCUUAAGACGACCCUGCAUAGGAUUUAUGGCAAAUUCCUAGGACUCAGGGCGUACAUUAGGAAACAGAUCAAUAAUGUUUUCUAUCGAUUUAUUUAUGAGACGGAACAUCACAAUGGCAUCGCAGAACUGCUUGAAAUUUUAGGAAGUAUUAUAAACGGCUUUGCUCUGCCGCUAAAGGAAGAGCACAAAGUGUUUUUGUUAAAAGUUCUGUUACCGUUGCAUAAAGCUAAGUCAUUAUCCGUAUACCAUCCACAACUAGCGUACUGCGUCGUUCAAUUUCUGGAGAAGGAUCCGUCGUUGACGGAGCCCGUAAUUAGAAAUCUGCUAAAAUUCUGGCCAAAAACACAUUCCCCUAAAGAAGUUAUGUUCUUGAACGAGCUCGAAGAGAUUUUGGACGUCAUUGAACCAGCCGAAUUUCAGAAGGUCAUGGAUCCGUUGUUUAGGCAAUUAGCCAAAUGCGUGUCAUCACCGCAUUUCCAGGUGGCGGAAAGAGCUCUCUAUUAUUGGAAUAAUGAAUACAUAAUGUCCUUGAUAUCGGACAAUUACUCCGUCAUCUUACCGAUAAUGUAUCCAGCUUUUUAUAGAAACUCCCGCAACCAUUGGAACAAGACGAUCCACGGUUUAAUUUACAACGCGCUGAAACUUUUCAUGGAGAUGAAUCAAAAAGUAUUCGACGAAUGUACAACACAAUACUAUCAGGAGCGUCAAAGAGAACGAAAGCUCAUGAAAGAUCGAGAUGAAGCAUGGAUGCGCGUGGAGGCGCUCGCAAUGAGGCAUCCAAACUAUAAUAUGGCAAAUAAAGGCACAACGAAUAAUACAUCCUACACAUCAGCACAACACAUAGAUAAUUCACCACCCGAUGAAGAUGGUGACACGGAUCAAACUCCACUUACCUUGGAGAAAAUCGAAGCUAAAGCUAAUGAGUGUUUUGUUAUGCAGGCGAAGAAAAUGACAAACGUGAACAAAGUGAAACCGCUUUUACGAAGAAAGAGCGAUUUACCGCAGGAUUCGUACACAAUGCGAGCGUUGUCCGACCAUAAACGUGCCGAUGAAUACCUUGUUACGCCGCCAGAUCCCAAUAAUUGCUAGUCUCUACCACAACCCCUUCCCAUGUAUCCUCUGUUUUGCUGUAGCAACAUCGGAAGUUAGCUUUCUUUCUGGGAGGGAAAACGGCGAUAAAAACAAAUAAUUUGAUUAAGAGUCCCACAUUACGUGAAAUCAGUGAUGUCAUCUCAAUGUAUAUCACACAUCGUAUUUGCUUUUUUUAAUAGAAGAAAGAAUUCUACUAUCCCGUCGCGCAUAUCGUGCGAUCAAAAACACAGUGUAUAGGUACUGGUAGAAACUUGCAGAAGAAACUCGUUCUUCAUAUAGAAAUAUGUUGUAUUUAUUUCUUCACUACAAAAGAAAAAAUAUUGCAGUUGAGAGGAUCUGUAAUAGCGUCAUUAUUAAAAAAAAAGAACGCGCAUGUAGUAGGCGAAAAGGGCCCUAAAUAUGUUACUCGUAGAAUCGCCAUCACCGAAAGCACUCUAAAGUGCUACCCUCUGCUAUGUCUCAACAAUAAGAUAAUAUAUGGAUAAUGUACGUAAACGCGAGAUUUAAUCAUGGAUACUACGGUUGUAUUGGAUUCGGUUCUAUUCUAUUCUACAAGAGAUUUUAUAUACAGAUGAGGGUUAUGUACGGGAAUGUGAUUGAAGAUAUACACGUAUGCUCUCGAUGUUGUAACCCAUACUAUUGCACUAUGCGAGCUUGUUGUGUUAACAUUCUUGCGAAAUGACGCGUUUCCAUUUAUGUGCAAAUGAUAUACAUAUAUAAAUAUACGUAUUUGCUUUAACACUACAGGCUCGUUGUAGUAAUUAAAAAAAAAAAAAAACAAAUGGAGACGCAAGGAAGAAGAAUAUACCCGCCGAUGCGCGCGUUAUCUUAGGAUGUAUAUGAUAGUGCUAUUUUAAAAAUAAUAGAUUGCUACGAGAAAAUCUGGAUACUUCUGAGUGUACUACUUUUGUAUCUGUUGUGCCUAGAUGCCUGUGGAAAAAAAAGAAAAUGCCUCCGCGCGAGGCCUAUAUAUACUAUGAACAGCAAGAUUAAGCAGCGAGUUUACAUGUCGCUUUGCCAAAUAUAAUCGAUAUUACAGAAUUUCAGUAAUGCUUGCAUAACAUGUUGUGUUGUUAACUCAUUGAUCUUGAGAUUAAUUGAAAGAUUAUACUGUUGUGGCCCAGAGAAGUAGGAAGGAGAAAAAUAAAAAGAAGAGAGGAAAAAGGAUUAAAAUACAAUUUAGUCCUUGCGCUGCUGGAAGGUUGUUACGUUAAUAAUUGUCGAGGAUACCUUGUUGAACAUAGAUAUGAUAAGCACUUAUUAAAUAUUAGAAAUUAAAACUGCGGAGAUAGAUUGCGGAUAAAGAUUAUUUACUUAUUAAUUAUUCCUAUUCAAGAGAGAAACAGAGGAAUGGCCAUUUCAGCUAACUGAUCAUUAAUUAGUGGUAUAAAUAUCAUAAUUAUUAGUUAUUGUAUUAUUUUUAUAUAGUAACGAGACGAAUAAUAAUGAAAAUAGGGUAAUAGUAAUAAUGUAGUAGCUGGUACAUGUGGCAAAAUGCCUUGGAUCCGUUUAGUCUACCCGGAAAUCUACGUUUUUCCCAAAUUAGAUCGAUAAUAAAUAAAUCAUGCAUUUCUUAGAAAAAAUACUGUUACGUGUCAGAGAAAGAUAAAGAGAAAGGAGAAUUCUUAUACGCCGCAUGCAGCAACUCCAAAAGACAUCGAAACAGAUAGUCUCCGCGAAUGUGAGUGUAUGUACGCCUGCAAAAGCUUAAAUCGAACCGUAGAAGACCGGAAAAGAAGGGAAUAAUCGUAAUAAUAAUAUUACUAUUAAUAAUAAUGCCGUUAUUAAAAAGAUAUAGAGUUGCCGGAUCAUUUCGAUGUAAUAAAGACGUUAAUCUUGCAUGAUAUCGUGAGAGUUCUUUUCAUACGUAUUAUGCGUAAAGCAGUAUAGGAACAUCUCAUUCGCGAUUUUUUUUUAUAAGGAUCUAAACAGGGAUUAAAACCGGUAUAAUUUCGUAGAGUUUAGGUCUCAAUGUUAUUUUAAAAUAUAUUCUAAGUUAGAAUAUAUUUCAAGGACACUAUCAGCAUCUAAAAGAUAUUUAUAUUUAUUUUUUGAUUGUGCAAAAACAGUCGACCGUAGAUCUUUUCAUUUCUAUAAUUGAAAAUUUAAUCGUACCGAUCUCGAUCCGAUACAGAGGUUUUCAGGCAUGCAAAAAUGGACCUUUCUUCUCGCGCGUCUGCAGUGCAUUGUAUACGUCGAAAUUGUACCGAUUCUAAUCUUCGAAUUCGAGUCGCCGGAAAUCGGAAUCGGGAGUAUCGCGACUGAACGCAUUGUAGGAGUAGAAAAUGCUCUCUCCAUUCAUGACUCUUGACGUCAAGAGCGCUCUCAAGUCAUCUAUUGAAAUCCACUUAUAUGCGGCAAGAGGAGACCUCGUCGUGCGCAGUUUGCAUAUUUCAUGUACCUGCAUAUAUCGUGUAAAUAAUAUAAUUAUUUUUUGAACGCAUUCUUCCUUUUUAGUUCCAAAAACACGUUCGUCUCGACGUGUUAGAAGAACUCAAACGCUUAUUUUACUUUUCAUUUUUUUUUAACACUAUUUCUAGGUACACAGAUUUUAUUUAAUUUUUUCUAGCGAGUCUACUACUGUAUGUAUGUGUGUAAUCACUUGGCAGAUGCGCGCAAUAUGUAUACAUGAAACUCUUUUAAAAAGAAAAAGAUCUCUGUAAAUGGAUGCACCGGUUGCAAUAUUGUCACAAUCUGAAUUUGGAGGGACGGAAUAAGGGGAAAGGAAGAGAUAUCAGUAUCGCAUAGACAUGAAAUCUUUACAGACAUAAUUUCGCUAAGGGCAUCCCGGUCGUAACAGAAUUUUCUAUGUGAUAUUUAAAUUAAUUUAUGUUAAUUUAAACUAUCCCUUAUUAUACAGAACAUUAUAUGGAGUGUAUCAUACGAAUCCACGAGAGGAAAAAUCCCAUUUGCUCUCUGUGGCUACGAGCAAUUUCGUUACGUCCGUUCCAUUUGGAUGUCGUUCGAGCGAUCGAAUAUCGAAUUCGAGCGAUGAUAUUUCGUACACGUAUCUGCAAUUUGUUAAAAGCAUAGUUUUAUAGUAAAUAAAAAGGAUUAAAAGAAAA